UAUUUGUUUUAUAUAAUGUGAGUGAGUAAUCAUAUACUUAUGAGUGUCUCAUGCAUACAUUGAGAAGUUGAUACUUUGUUGUUUCACAAUUUCGCCAAUAGACGAAAACCUGGGCGUUGCAGUAAAUAUUAUUAUUUCAGUAAGUUCCUUAUUUUUUUGCUCUUCGCAAUGUUUAUAUUAAUGAGUAACAGAUAGCGAUGUUCGAGUAGAACGAGAUAUGGUUUUAAUUUUAAGCGAUUGCAAGUAAUUUUUGCAAUUUUACACGUUUAGUAAUAUCAUAAUAUUAUGAAUGAUUUAAAAUAAAUUACAAAUUUUUAUUUAUAAAACGUUACUUCCGAGCAUUUUGUUGAUGCUGAUAAAAAUAUCGUGUCAAAAUCUAAUUACAAAAAAUUAUACAAUGCUCGGCUUCUAGAAUGUGAAACUUACGUAAGUAUAAAUUCACGUUAAUAUUUGUUAAAUUUACGAAUACCUAUCUAUAUGUACAUUAUCAGAACUUGUUUUUCUUAAAAAAUUAGACCAAACCUUAACACGUGUUCUUUUAUAACAACUUCCAACAACCAAUCGUACAUAGACCAUAGAUUUAAUGAAACUCACCAGAGUGCAAUAUUACAAAUAAUUUUCAAUGAUGUCUACCAGCUUCGAUAUACUAACAAUAUUAAUAAAAUUUUGUUGAUUACCUAAAACUUUUAUACGAAAUGUAUGCAAAUAUAUUAGUGGUCUGGUAAAAUCCGAUCAAUGACGUUAUCAUUGCGACCCACGUGCCUGCGUACCCUCAAAUAACUAUAGUCAUAAUUCGAACGUUCACUGACGUUUUGUGCGACUAUUUUCAUUCGCUGCCUAAUGGAAUAUCGUCCUUAUAAUCGGGUAAAGAGAAGCACCGAAACUGACGGCACUCCCGAAGCCCUAUUACAUAGGGUACUGGCGGCCACUUAGGUAGUAAAAUCCUCAGUGCGAUCAUCGUGAUCGAGGCGCGACGAUCCCAUGAUCGUGAGCUCCGAUAGAGACUCUCUGGUAGUGUUCUCUUGGUCCAUGGAAUUAUGCAUUUAACAACGAUGGUGAAGGUGGGUUACGCUCUGGUGAUUUUUACCCUGUUGCUGAUGAUGUGGGCGUCCAUGGCUCGGAUGCACGAGCUUCCUGUGCAAUAUCCACCCUGUUUUUUCAACCCCCUUUGUACCUGUUCGAAAGCCAUUCCCGAUCUGGGUAUAGUCACCUGUUACAAUGUGCCGAUGCCGCGGAUACCUCAACCGAUAAAUUCUUCCAAGGUGUUCAUGCUGCAAUUGGAGAACAACGGAUUGAUGUUUCUGCAGCCACAAUUUCUCGUGAAUACGGGUCUAUACAACCUACGGAUCAAGCAUAAUCCUCUGGCCGACAUCCCGGACGAAGCUUUCCUAGGGCUUGAGAGAUCGUUAUGGGAGCUCGAAUUACCCUACAAUCGCCUGGAAAAAGUUCCCAGCAGGUCAUUCAGACAUUUGCAGAAAUUACAACUUCUCGAUCUGACAGGUAACAAGAUAUCGAAGAUUUCCUCAGACAAUUGGCGUGGUCUGGAGAAUUCUCUGCAAAAGCUGCGACUAGGACGGAAUGCCAUCGACAAACUUCCGGCGGACGCGUUCGCAGGCCUCACUUAUUUGGACAUGCUCGACUUGAGGGAGAACAACCUGAAAGAAAUCGAUCCUUCCGUGUUCAGAGAUGGCAUGGCACACCUGGUAUACCUGUACCUGAACGGAAAUCAAUUGACUCAUAUUCCCUACGCGCAGUUAUCAUCUCUGAAGCGCAUGAAGGUGUUGGAUCUAAGUUACAACAGGAUAUCGAAGAUGCUUAACACGCAACAAGAACCGGAAAUCAGAGGGCUUCAGAUGUCGCUGGAUAUAUUGCGGUUGGAUAAUAAUCAAAUCGAGACACUGAUGUCUGGGGAUUUCCAACAUUUUUAUAAAGUCAACAGAACACAUCUCGAUGGUAAUCCCUUGACUAUGAUCGAGGAGGGUACAUUCAGGGAUUCGAGAAUACGGGAACUUUAUUUUAACGAUUGCGAUCUAUUAGAGGUCAGUUCGCCUGAUUUCUCUGGCUUGGAAUCGUCCCUCGAAUUGCUGGAUCUCUCAGGGAAUAAUAUUACUAAUCUUCCAAGUCCUAUCUUUCAAGAAUACGAUUUUUUGCGCACUCUGAUCUUCCGUGAGAACAAGAUUCAGACCCUUCAGCCGGCUGAAGUAUUCAAUGGUUUCCAAUACUCUCUGUAUAAUCUGGAUCUGAGUGGCAAGGAGAACAGCGUGGUGUCCCUUCAGGAUUUACGACAGAUGAGAAACAUGAGAUUCCUUUCGAUCUCGAAGAUGCCACAGUCGACGUUAUCACCAGACGAUUUUAUGGAGUAUGGGAUGGACAUCAAAGAACUUCGUAUAGUCCAAAGCAAUAUGAACACCAUCAAAAGUCACGCUUUCAUGCACGUAAGAGGGAUCAAGUACCUGGAUUUUUCGGAAAAUUCGAUCACCUCCAUAGAAGACGAAGCUUUCUCAGAGGUUGGUCAUUCGCUUCUAACGUUGAGAAUGGCUCAUGGUUUAGCCUCUUCCGUAUCUGAAAUACCCAGUACACCAUUUAAGUUCCUCACGAAUCUACAACACCUUGACUUUAGUAACAAUAAAAUAAAAUCGCUACCGGAUACGUCUUUUCACUUCCUGAAGAGAAUUAAACGUAUGGAAUUGCAGGAUAAUGAAAUCGAUAAUAUCAGAAAGGGAACGUUCCAGGGCGAUAUACACUCCUACCUGGAAGAAGUGAAUUUCUCGUUCAACAAGAUCAAGACGGUUCAAACUCACACGUUCGUCGACCUGCCAAAAUUAACGAUGAUAAAUUUAGAGGACAACGCUAUAGAUAGAAUCGAGAGACGAGCGUUUAUGAACAUGAAACUACUGAAGUAUAUUAACCUACGGGGUAACAAAAUAAGGGACAUCACUGAUGAAGCAUUCCAGAAUCUGCCAGAUUUGGAAUUUCUCGAUCUCGCCUACAACGACUUGACCGAGUUCGAUUUUGCCUCGUUCGACCAAGUUGGAACUCUAUCGUCGUUCAAAGUGAAUGCCAGCCAUAAUGAAAUCCCGAAAUUGUGGAUCAACAGCACCACAUUCACGCCACCAACCACCACAGACAUCAUUCAUUUUGGCGGCACAAUCCAAUCAAACAUCAAAGUCCUCGACCUGAGCUACAAUAACAUAUCGGAUAUAAUGAAGUAUUACUUUAAACCGGUCGAAUACUCCUUAACGCAUCUCUAUCUAUCUCACAACCAACUGAGCAACGUCACCCAAGGUGUCUUCGGAAAUAUGCCACACUUGCAAUGGCUUGACUUAAGUCACAAUGAGCUGAUGGAAAUCGACUUCGACUGCUUCAGAAAUACGAAAAACAUCCAAGUGCUCUUUCUCUCGUGGAACAAUAUUAUGGAUAUUCCGGCUGAAGCGCUCAGAUCGCUGAAGAAGCUGAGGAUCGUCGAUCUUUCCCAUAAUAAAUUAAGAACACUGCCUGAUAACAUGUUUGCCGAUGCGAAUAUAGAAAGCUUAGAUUUGUCUCAUAAUCAAUUCAUGAGGCUACCUAUAAAAACAAUGUCCAUCUCAGCGGCUGCUAGUUUGUCCAUGUUGGAUUUGUCUUGGAAUACUCUGUCGGGCAUCCAUACUACGGAUGCUAUAUUUAGACUAAGAAGUCUAACAUGGUUGGAUCUGUCUUAUAAUCGAUUAGUUAGGCUUGAUGAUGGAGUGUUCUCUGAUUUACCAUAUCUAACUCAUCUCGAUCUGAGUCACAACAAACAACUGCUCUUGGAAUCACGUGGAAGAACGUUCCACGGUUUGGAGGACUCGCUUCUGUAUCUUGAUUUAAGCAAUAUUUCACUUUUAAGUGUGCCAGAAUUACCACUGCGACGACUGCAAACAUUGUAUUUGGCGCACAAUGAGUUGGCAUCGAUACCACCGGAAAUGGCAUCGAACCUGACGUCCCUGCACUACUUGGACUUGAGUGCCAAUGAUCUGACAGUAGUACCAUUGAUCACGCACACCCUACCUGAAUUGAAAACUUUUAAUUUAGCGGAUAACCCCAUUACGGCUGUGAGCAACACAAGUUUCUUAGGUAUUGCGGACAGUCUUGAGGAAUUGGAUAUACGACGAUUGUCUUUGUCGACUUUUGAAAGCGGAGCACUGUGCAAAGCCACAAAACUCCGCAAAUUAUAUAUAACCGCUUACAACGGAGUAAAGAAUUUCAACUUCCCCAAUAUCUUGGAAUAUAAUCAUGGUCUGCGGCAUCUAGUCAUUGAUGUACAAAAUGAAACAAAUUUAGAGAAAGAGAUGAAAGGGAAGUUCCCCAAUAAAUUAUUUAAUAUAACAUUAACUGGUCGAGCAUUAAAGGAUAUAAACCUGGAUAUACUGCGAGGCAUAAGAAAUCCGCAUUUGCACUUUGGAAUGUACAACACGAGCGUAAGCACCGUGCCUAAGCAAAUGUUUGAAAAUGCAGAAUGGGUAAGGAACGUGACGGUUCAUCUUUACCAGAACGACGUGCGAACCCUUCACAAUCCAUCCAAUGGAUACAAGCCAGGCGUGCCAGGAAAACGAUUUCUGCUGAAACUUACAGUAAGAGGAAGCUAUUUCACUUGCGACUGUGACAUCGGAUGGAUGGAAACAUGGCAGAGAAAGCACAGGCAAUAUCAGGAAGAUCGCUGCACUACCUAUAGUGAAUUUAAGAAUUUCGAACGAGACGAGGAGGAUGACGAAUUCGAUUGCUGGGAUAAUGGCUGGGACGAUGAUCUUCGUGAAUCGUUUUGCUUAAACAAGAAUAAUAUAUCUGUUUUGGAAGCGUUGAAAACCGAACUCGAAUGUGGAUGGGGCGCUGGAAGUUACAUUUAUGCGCCUCAUUAUUUCAUUCUUUUCUUUUUCAUUAUUUCCACAAUGAUUAUCUCUUAGAUUUUGCCUUCCGUGUACCUCGAUUUUAUUUGUUGAAGAACAUCCAUGAUUUCCUUCCUCGUAAUGUAUAACCAUUUAAAGUGCGAACUUGUUUACCAAAGCAAAAAUAACCUCAAUUUUAUUCGCAAGAAAUAUAUCGUGAAUGUGAUCAUGUUUAUUUGAUGUUAGGAAACUAUGUAAAUGAAUAGCAGUGGUGAGAAUCAGUGUAUUGUAACGUUCGUGUAUAAGAUAUGUAACAAUCAUAAUUUAAUUAUAUUUACGAUGUGUCAUUACUAAGUACAGAAUAUUUACAGUAGUGUAGUUUGAUUAAGUGAUAAAUUAAGUAUAUCGUGUUGAUGUUAUAUUUAUUUAUCACCGCCGAUGAC